AUGUCGUCACCAAAUAUUUCCCGUCGUCGAAGAGGCACCGAGGAUGAAGAUAGCGACGAACUCGCGUACACCUCUUCAUCGAGCAACAAGCGCCCCCGCCUCAACCCCGCGGAUGACAAUGAAUCGGAGACUGGGGAGGAGAGCGAAGAAGAAAGCCCUGUAUCGGAGAGCCCUGUAUCGGAGAGCCCAGAGCCUGCCUAUCAAGUCCCUCCAGCCGCUCACACGGGACUCGGACCUGGUGGCUACAAGCCGGGCGCGAUUGUGCGCAUCAAGGUGAAGAACUUUGUCACAUACACGUCGGCAGAGUUCUUCCCAGGCCCGAAGUUGAACAUGGUUAUUGGGCCAAAUGGAACGGGCAAGAGUACGCUUGUCUGUGCUAUCUGUCUGGGCUUAGGCUGGGGACCUCAGCACCUCGGGCGCGCCAAAGACCAGGGCGAAUUCGUGAAACACGGCAGCCGAGAGGCUACUAUCGAGAUUGAACUCUGUGGACCCCCGAAGAUGGGUCGUAACCCCAUCAUUCAGCGAACCAUCAAACGUGAUGGAAAUAAGAGCACAUUCAUGAUCAAUGGAGAGCCCGCAUCUAACAGACAAGUGCUGAAGCUGGCGCAGUCGUUUGCUAUCCAGGUGGACAAUCUGUGCCAAUUCCUCCCUCAAGAUAAGGUGGCGGAGUUCGCUGCACUUUCCCCGGUCGACCUUCUCCGCUCUACGCAAAGAGCGGCAGCUGGCCCAGAGAUGGUCGAGUGGCAUGACGCCUUGAAAGCGCUUAGAGGCGAGCAGAAGAAACUGGAGAUCGAUAACCGCGGAGACAAGGAUAUGCUAGCGAACAUGGAAAACCGCCAAGAAACGCAAAGAGCCGACGUGGAGCGAAUGCGCCAGAGAGCCGUGGUCAAAAGAAAAAUCGAGAUUCUCGAGUUUUUGCGUCCAAUUGUUGAGUACAAAGAAGGGUACGCGGCUCUUGAGGUCCUGAAAGCCACCACAGCUCAACUCCAGCAAGAACAUGAACAGCUCAAGGCAGAUCUGGAGCCUGCGCUGCGCGCGCUCAAUCUCAAAGAAGCCUAUAUUGAGCGGUUGAACAGUGUCAAAAAUCACAGAAAGGACUCCGUUGAACGAGCAUCCAGACUUGCCACCGCACGCGGUACACAAAUCGACGAAUACGACAGCAAGAUCAAGGACCUUGCUGGUCAGAUUGAGGCAGAAAGAAAGACUGGAGUGACGCAUAAGAAGGAAGCAGCAAACGCCCAGCAAAAUAUCAAGAUGCUCCAACGCAAGUUGGAGGAAGAGCCUGUCGAGUUCGAUCCAGAUGUCUUCAACGAAAGCUUGAGAGAGAAACGACUUGAGAAGCGCGAGCUUGAAACUCAAGCCAGAGAGAUCAAGGACCGACGGCAACCCCUGAUUGACCAAAGCCAGGAGGUGCAAAGGAAGAUUCAGCAAGCCGAACGACAGCUAGGCAGUCUAGACUCGCAAUCCGGCCAACAAGAACACAAGUUGGCACAAGCAUCCCACGAUUCGCUGAAAGCCUACCGAUGGCUUCUUGACAACCAAGACAAAUUUGAAAAAGAAGUCUUUGGUCCGCCCAUUGUGACCUGCUCGGUCACCGACCCAAAGUUUGCCGAUGCCGUCGAAUCCUUGUUCCAGAAGAGUGAUUUCACAUCGUUCACCACACAGACCCGGAACGAUUUCCGCACCUUGCAGAGGGCGCUCAAUGGAGAACUGCGCCUUCAUGAUGUCAGUAUCCGCACAUGCUCGAUGUCACUGGAUAGUAUGAGGGCCCCCAUGCCCGACGAUCAAAUUCGCCAAAUGGGAUUCGAUGGUUGGGCGAAGGAUUUCCUCAUUGGCCCCGAGCCUGUCAUUGCCAUGCUGUGCAGCGAAAAGUUACUACACUCCACUCCCAUCGGACUCGGAGACAUCCCAGAGGAAGUUUUCAACCAAUUGCAGAACGGUACACUGAGCUCUUGGGUGUCUGGGCAGAACAGCUUCCAAGUGAAUCGACGAAAGGAAUACGGUCCCAGCGCUACUUCCACCCGGGUUCGGCAAAUCAAGCCUGCUCAGGUGUGGACGUCACGGCCUGUGGAUGUUAGUCACAGGCGGCAGUACCAGGAGAACAUUGACUUGUGGAGAGAACAAUUGAAAGACAUCCAGGACAAGCUCCAGUCUGAGAAAGCUACCAUGGAAAAGAUCAAACAAGAUCAUGACCGAAUCGACCAAGAAACGAAUGAUAUCGAGAAGGAGAAAAUCACAAAACAGACAGCGCAUACUCAGUAUCGAGCCAUUCCUGAGAAGAUCGCUCAACAAGAGGCCAAACUACGAAAUCUCACUUCAUUAUUUGAGGGGGUACGGGAUACAGUCCGCGAGUAUAGAGACAAGCAAGAUGAGUUCUCUAUUCAGAAGGCUGAGGCCACAGUCAAAUAUGCCGACGCCGUCGAAGCUUUCCGCCAAGAAUAUGAGGAACUCGUUAAACUGGAGGUCCGACUUUUGGAGGCAACCUCGGACCUUCAGACUCUACGGCAUCGCAACGAUGAUUGUGCCAGAAUGCUAGAAGAGAAAAGUAUACAGGCUCACCAAGCGCACGUCACUGUCAGAGAAACUCGGGCGAAGCUCAGGGUUGUCAAUCAAAGAGCAAGGCUCGUUAUCCGAGAAGCUAGCAAUCAACCAGACGCAAAUGAAGUGAUGCAAGCGUUGGCUGAUUAUGACAUGGACAAGCUCAACGCCGACAUUGACUCCGAAAAGGCCCGCUUGGAACUUACCCAUGGCGGUAGUAGCCACAUGAUCAAAGAAUUCGAAGAUCGUGAGAAGCAAAUUGAGAAGCUCCGUUCCAAACUCGCCGAGUUUCAAGACAAGCUCACUCAACUUGGAGGCGCUAUUGACGAGAUCCGCAAGAACUGGGAGCCCAGGCUGGACGCACUCAUCAAGAAGAUCAGCGAUGCCUUUGCUGAUUCUUUCAACCGGAUCGGAUGUGCUGGUCAAGUCACUUUGGACAAGGUGGAAGAUGAGCCUGAGACCGAAGGCGAGGUUGGUGGUAGCGACUUCGACCGGUGGGCAAUUCAGAUCCAUGUUAAAUUCCGCGAGAACGCACAACUGUCGCUCUUGGAUUCACAUCGCCAAUCCGGUGGUGAGAGAGCCGUAAGUACCAUCUUUUAUCUCAUGGCACUGCAGUCUCUCUCCGCCUCGCCGUUCCGUGUCGUCGACGAGAUUAAUCAAGGUAUGGACCCGCGUAACGAGCGCAUGGUCCACGGCCGCCUGGUGGAUAUUGCUUGUGCCUCUAGUGAGGAUGCCGAAACCGACGAGGACGGCAACCCCAUCAGCGGCAGCGGCAGCGGCGGUGGACAGUACUUCCUCAUUACACCCAAGCUACUAAACGGUCUUUCCUACAAGCGUGGCAUGCGGGUGCUCUGUAUCUACAGUGGAGAGCACAUGCCCGACGACUAUGGCAAGAUCGACUUCAAACUGGCGAUUCGCAACAUGAAGGCGAUCAACGCGAGAACUGGGAACGCUGGCACAGCACCCAGAGACGUUCAGGGGAACAGCCAAGUCGAUAUCUACGCUUAA